AGUUUUUUUUUGUACAAGUAGAUGCUGGAAGUUUACUUUCUUGGGUAGGUGCUGCUUUUUCUUGGGUAGGUGAGUGGGCGCUGCUUUUUUUUGGAUGGAUUCUUACUAGCUUCUCUUAUCAUUCUUGUAAAUCUUCUGGUAAUCUUGGUGCUUCUCUUGACUUGCAGCAAUUAUG